ACUUUCGGAAGAAAAGGAGUUUCUUGAUAGAUGUAUGGUAAUUUUGUUAUAAUAGCCCGGUAAUCGUACUAAAAAAUGUUGGCUACCUUGGUAGUAUUCAUUGUUAUUGUUUUUGUUUUGGUUUAAUUUGUAAGGUAAAAUGUCAAAAACGAAAUAUCGCCGCGUCAAGGUGGCAGAAAGCCAACAGAAAUUAAUGCUCGAGUUCAUGCGGAAACAUCCACAGCUAUUGAGUAACAAACAAUCACAUUCUUUUAAUUGGAGAAGCAAACAAGAAUUAUGGAGAGAAUUAACGGAUGUACUGAAUGCAAAUGGAUAUGGCCCAAUUAAAACACCAGGGAAAUGGAUGAAGACAUGGAGCGACUGGAAGUUUGUCACCAAAGCUAAAGCUGCUAGGAUCCUGCAGGAUAGCAGAGGUACACGCUGCACUUCUACAAGUGAAAGCCUCGCGGAUGUAGAAGAACAGCUGAUGGAACUUAUUUCCUGUAACUCUGAUAUGGGGACAUAUUCAGAGAAAAUUCUAGACACAACUGUCACCACUAAAUCACAAAAGUCAGCCAGGGGCACUCGACACACCACGCCUGUUGUGCUGUCUCCCUUGUUGAAUGCUACCUGCAUCGAGCCUGCCGCGACCUACCCGGAGAUAGUUAUCGAGUCGUCAGACAAUCCUAGUGAUUGCUCGUCUGCAGAAAAUCAUCCUAGUUGUGGGAGUGCUCCAAACAACAUGAAAAAGAAGAAGAGGAAAUUCGGCACGCAGAAGUUAGCGUACAACCUGCAGACCAAUACUUUCCUCCAAAUGGAAGAACGGAAUGUUGCCGCCCAGGAAAACAUUGCGGCAGCACUCGCUCAGUUGGCUUCAGCCGUCGAGGCUCAGGCGACUGCGAUGGGCGAGAUUGCAGAUUCUCUCAGCAAAGUCGCUUCGGCGGUGCAGACACUUGUUGCGGGCCAGUUUGGGAAUGACUAACAUUCUGGAAUAGUUCUGGGAAAACCCAUUUCUCGAUGGCAAAAAGCAAUUUUAUAGAUCAAAUCAAGAGUCUGAAUUAUUUCUUCCAAUGAUGCCUUUUGAAUGACAGGCUUGUCUUAUCUGCAUGGAAAACAAUUUUAAUAUUGUAGAAGUUUGCAUUAUUAAGUCAUGUACACAAUGGUAAAGUGAAAAUUCUUCAAUCAUGUUUUCAUAUUUAUUAAAUAUUUGACUGUGUGUGUGAUGCAUUUUCAUGUGGUUUGACAUGGACAUAUGAGUAUGUUACUUCAUCUUAAUGUACUGUCAAUAAAUAUCAGGGUUUUUUUUGAUACGUACUUCACUGCAAACAAUUCUGAUGGAAUAUCAAUAUCCAUGGAUAGGUCAUGAAUAUAGGUCAAAGAUGUGUUCAUUCCAUGUACUCAACUUUAUGUGUAGUUUUUUCACAUUACUAAAUCCAAGCAAAAAAAUGUGUGCACUCCCGUUGAAAGACUAAAUAAAAAAAAUAAGAACAUUUACAAUUUUGCACUCCCAACAUUUGGUGGAAAUUUUUUUUUAUGGAAGAGAGUUAAACCUGAGUAAGUUAAAAUGCCAUAUAUAAUGUUUUGUGCCUAGGUUCAAACCAAAGAAGAAGAAAAUUUGUCAAUCUAAAGUGCCAUUAUGUGCUGUGCCUAGUGUGGGAAAUUAAUGGCGACUGGAUUACAGCUGUCAGAAACAUGUAUUUCCUCCCGGCAUUUCAAACUUGUGUCACAAUAAAAACUUAUCCCAACAGUACAUAAGAGUUUGAACACUAGCUGGACAAUAAAAUUGUGAUAAUUUAUUUCAUGCCUUUUUGUUAAACCAAACAAAAUAAUUAGAGACUAAAGAGUUUAACACUUGAGUCCCAACACUGCGUUGGGAUACAUAAAAACGAUACAUUGUUCAAACUUUGAAACAAUGCAGAUGUGACCAGGUGAAUGACUAACAUAUGAUCAUGCUUCAAA